UAUAUUUUAGAUUAAUAAGUUUCAUCUACAAACAGCCUACAUUUUAUAAUGUAACAUAGAUUCAAUUAAUUUCGUAUGAAAUUGUAUUUAAGAAUUUAAUUUAAAUUAAAUUUUAUACAAAUAAAGGAAUGCCUAUUUGAAUUAUUGUAGGAAUAAACCCCGUAGACGACAAUUUUGAAAGUCUAAAAAUCAUAUGUAUUAAUAUUUUAAUUACAAAAAUUACAGCAACAAAAAUUCACUUCUGUUGCCGUAAUAAUUGAAGCCAGAGGUACUGAAACGCACCUCAGUGCUCCACCCUAAUAAAAGGGCGUUCGGCAUAGUGUGUCACUCUUUAUAUAGUCACGCGGAGUUGCGCAGUGCAUAAUUGCGCAGCGCACGCUUUCUGAAGCUGCGCGGGACGCAAUAAAUUACGCAAUGGCGGCAAUCAACCCAACCGGUACGAUGAGUAAAGGAUGUUUAGGUAUUUUCUUCAUAUUUUCUUUCCCUUCUGUAUUGUAGUACUAUGAGGGAUAAAACUGUUUUCACAAUGAUAAACUAAUGCAUAGAAUUAAUAUAGAAUUUAAUGCUAGAAGUACUGACUAAUUUAUGAACAAUGUUUUUUAGCUGCUACAGAUCAUCUUAUACUAGUAAGGAAAACAACUGCAUAUUCGUUUUUAUUAUCAAGGCUUUAUGCAAUACUGAUGACACAAAGAAACGUCUGACCUUCAGUCCUGCAGUCCACGUGUGUCUUUGUAGAAAUAACGAAAAAUGCUACACCUCCACCGACUGUAGUAGUCUCGUAUCCAGUAAUUCUGCUAUGAGUUUAGAACCCUGUCAAUGCGCGGAAGAAAUAAUGUGGAACUGUAAUACUCCACCUAAACCAGGUUGCAAAUGGUUUAAUAAUUUUUCCGAGUUACGUCGACAGUGGAGUAAUCAUGCUCGUCGACAAAAUUGCAGGUGCUGCAAUUGCAAACUGCGCUAAUCAGGUGAUAAUUCUGGUUAAACUGUUAAUAUAACAAAAGUGGAAAAUGUUCGAGCUUAGGGGAACAGUAUGAGGACAUCCUGAAGCAUCUUUUUCGAUGCAAGAAGAGAUUUAUCAAAAAAUAUGACUUAGUUUAAAUAAAUUCUUAAAUAAUCGAAUCCAAAAAUAGCCACGAAAUUUUAUUUCCCUGAAGUGUUUUGAAAAUCAAAUAUUCCUCUGGUUAGAUAA